AAGCCAUUUCAGUGUUCUGAAUGUGGCAAAGCUUUUAAAGUAAAGGAAGGGCUUAUUCUGCACCACAUGCACCACACUGGGGAGAAGCCAUAUCAAUGUUCUGAAUGUGGUAAAGCUUUUCGACAGAAGCCAAUACUAAUCCUACACCAGAGAAUUCACACUGGAGAGAAGCCAUAUCAAUGUUCUGAAUGUGGUAAAGCUUUUCGACAGAAGACAUUACUAAUCAGACACCAGAGGAUUCACACUGGAGAGAAGUCAUAUCAAUGUUCUGAAUGUGGCAAAGCUUUUAGAGAGAAGUCACUACUAAUCACACACCAGAUGAUUCACACUGGAGAGAAGCCAUAUCAGUGUUCUGAAUGUGGCAAAGCUUUUAGAGAGAAGCCAAUACUAAUCGCACACCAGAAGAAUCACAAUGGAGAAAAGCAAUAUCAGUGUUCUGAAUGUGACAAAGCUUUUGUAUGGAAGAAAUCACUAAUCAUACACCAGAGGAUUCACACUGGAGAGAAGCCAUAUCAGUGUUCUGAAUGUGACAAAGCUUUUAGAGAGAAGGAAGCAUUAAUCGCACACCAGAGUAUUCACACUGGAGAGAAGCCAUAUCAGUGUUCUGAAUGUGACAAAGCUUUUCAAUGGAAGAAAUCACUAAUCACACACCAGAGGGAUCACACUGGAGUGAAGCCAUAUGAAUGUUCUGAAUGUGGCAAAACCUUUAGAGAGAAGACAAAACUAAUCACACACCAGAAGGUUCACACUGGAGAGAAGCAUCAGUGUUCUGAAUGUGACAAAGCUUUUGGAAAUAAGACAAUACUAAUCGUACACCAGAGGAUUCACACUGGAGAGAAGCCAUAUCAAUGUUCUGAAUGUGGCAAAGCUUUUAGUGAGAAGACAAAACUAAUCAGACACCAGCGGAUUCACAUCGGAGGGAAGCCAUAUCAAUGUUCUGAAUGUGACAAAGCUUUUAAAACAAAAACAUGUCUUAUUGGACACCAGAAGAUUCACACUGGAGAGAAGCCAUAUCAGUGUUCUGAAUGGAACAAAGAUCAUCACACACUUCAAGAACUAAGUGACCUCCUCAUGGAGCUAGAGUUGGCAAAGACAGACCCACGUCUACCUGGACUGAGCAUCCUGGACGCCGGCCAUGGUGUGAAUCCCGUUCAUCGUCAUCAAGUCUGGACGAGGAAUGAUUUCAGCUUCAGCUUCAAUGAACCCAACUCGCCAGCUUCAUCAUCAUCAUCAUCAUCAUCAUCAUCACCAAGAGUGAUUCGGGUGAUAGAGAUCCUAAUCGUCAGCGUCCUAUUCACAAGAAGCCCCACCCUCUUAGGCCUUGUCCACACCAAAGUAUUGAAAAGCAAGAAGACUCCCCGGAGACAACAUCAGAUAACCAGUAUCCUCUAUGGAGGGAUGGUUAUCAUUAAAGGAGAACACAAAGCUUCAUAUGCAAACCACACAUACUCUCAGAAAACGCCGGUUGAAGACCGACUUGUAGAGAAGGUAUUUGUCACUCCCUGGGAAAAGUUCAUGGCUUUGAAGUCUUCUGCGGAUGGGGAAGACGAGCUGAAGUGCGUCGGGAGGCCGAUAGAAGUCAAUGGCAAACCAUCAAAAUCCAUAUUCAAUACAACGUUCACUUUGAUGGGUUGA